CGUCCAUCUCGGCUCCACCGUUAGCUUAGCUAAACCAGAUGGAUGCUUGUUCUUACGGCGACGGCAGAGGGCGCUGUUUCUCAACAUUUAGGAAACGGAAGAAACCAUCUGGAGCACAGGCAGGAUCACUCAGUCAGUGGUUGUAGUCAGCACUCACAGCUCCCAGCAGUGAACCUUCAACAGAGCUGUGGAUCCAGAGACUGUCGCUGCCCGGGAGAGAGUCGAGGGUCGUCUUCAUUUCAUCCACUGGUUCUGUCAUGACCGCAAGGAUUCAGGGAGCAGCUGGAAAGUUACAAACUUCUGUGUUUAUGAGCAAAACAACAGGGGCGAUGCUGAGGGUCAGGAGGGCCUUCUGGUUGGUACUGGGCAUGCUCAGUCUGUCCCUGCUGCUGGUGGUGCUGGGAAUCUACACAACAACCAUCACAGAGAGCGUGAUUGUGACCGGCUACAGCUCUGGAGUCAUUCUGACCCUUGGCUGUUUUCUGGGACUCCUGGGACUCCUCCUGGACGAGAACCGCCAGCAGCUGCUGACAGCCGCCAUUGUUUUCCUCAGUUUAGGGAUCAUCACCUCCUUCUUCUGCCUCCUGAUUGAUGGCGUUUGCAUCGUCCUGAACAUGGACAUACGACCACUGAAUGCUGGGAGGUGCCAGUACUACAGCAGCGGCAGGAGCUACAUCUAUGAGAAUUUCUUUGCCACGGUGUCGUGUCAGAAUCUGAAGGAGUCCUGCUCCCUGACAGUACGGAGUGGAACCUGUUACUGCUGCGACCUCUACGACUGCGCCAAUGGAGGUUACCUCAGCAACUACUAUGAGUUUGUUGGCGUUGAGAGCUGCGAGGACGUCUUCACGCUGUACGUGUUCAUUUGGGUCCUCGCUGGUCUGAACCUGGUGGCCUUCUUCACAGGGAUACUGACCACAGCAGUGCUGGGCAGCAUCAAGUCUGUGAGGAGCAACCCUGUGACAGAAUCCACAGAGAGCAGGAGUUCUUCUCCCACAGCUCCUCUGCUGAUGGAUGUCAACACAGCGCACCAGCCUCACCCUAUCAGCCUGCAGUAGACUGACUCCCAGUAGUCCCUCCACAUACUCCAGUCUCUGUCCACACAGACAGACGUAUUCAUGCCACUGAGCCAGACAGGUGCUUUCUUUCCAACACUCACUCCUGGCACCAAAUUGAUGUAAUCUCUUAGGAUUUAUGGAUUCUGAGGAGGAUGGAGAGUCAAGAUUAACAACACAAAGUCAAGGUUUAGCUUGCAGAUGGCUGUUUUGGCAAAUAAACGCGGCUGACGGUGGUUCAAAUGUCGACGGUGCCCUCACAGAGAUAAAGAGUAUAUUUAAAGACGAGGAGAACUGUUUUGUCUUUCUGCUAAAAAGAUUUUUCUCUGAUUUACUGAGGCUUAAAUAUAAAAGAAUUAACAAAACAUCACAGUCCAUAAAUCACAGUUAAGAAAAAAAGGGUUAAUUUCAAAAGUUCCUGAAGUGAUUACAUCCUUAAAGUUCCACUCGGAUCAUCUUUUGAUCUUAUUUAAGAGUGUUCCCAGUGCUCUUUAAUUAUGAUUAUGCAGUUUUUAGCCAAAACAGGACAUAGUUUCUGCAGAACAGCAGUAGUUUAGUAGAAAUUCACUUUUGAGUUGUGGGUGGGACUGUUGACACAGUAAAAGCCCUCCCCCAAUUUCCUAUCAUCAAUCUAUGUAUGUGCUCUCCCUCCAGCUUGUAGCCUCUCACAACUCCAACCUGACAUGAGUCCAACAAAAAUGGUGAGCAAUAAUGAAGCUAAAGCUAGAGUUCUGAGCCAGAUUCAAGCUCAGACGAGGAAAAGAAAAAAGUUCUUUUGCAUCUACUUCUCUAUAAGUGGAUGCAUCAGAAUGGGGCGAAGCAGGGAGUUAGUGGCCCUUAUCACAACUACAAUCUUUAUCCAAUUAAAUUAUUUUUAAUGAUUCGCAGCCAUUUGAAUAAAGAAAUACUCAGAAAUGCAAUUUUGAGCUUAACUGUCUUAAAAUAUAUCCUCCAUCAUUAGGAAAAUGCCACAAGAACAUGUUAUAAACACCAAACACACAAUUUCCAUUGGAGUGGUUCUUUAAAUCUAACUUCAAACUAGAUUUACAUCACCUGAGGAGAAAUCUAUGUAAUCAAUUCCUAACAUGAAGCAGGAACAAAGUAUUCACUUUUUUAUUUUUCUUUUAAAAAAUUUCAAAGCAAGAUUUUUGAUGAGGAUAGUUCAUUUCAUAAUCUUGAAGUUGGGUCAUAGCAACUGGACCACGUCACUCGGAUGCAUGAGACUCUCCACCAGUAUUCAUUUCAUUGAAUAGCAGCAUAUAAUGGAAUCAAAUUUUGUUUUUGCCACAUCAAAGUCUUCAAAAUAACAGAAUCUCUGCCAAGUGUUCGGGUAGAAAGACAUAAAAGUGUUGUUCUCCUAAACUUCAACUGACUUCUAGGAACUGUGGUUGAGCAAAAUCUUCACAUUAUCAGGUGGUCAACUAAAAAAAACUCAGUGAAGAAUGGGUGAAUGUAAAGAAAAUGAAGAUAUCUGAUUCCAAAAUCUCUUGAAUUAUUAUAAACAUAUUCCCACAAAUAUUUCUGUAUUUUCACUUCUUGUUUAACAAUGACUUGUUCUGUUUUUUGCCUGAAGAUGUACAGUAUAUACCUGAUUUUAAUGCCUUAUAUGUCAUGAUGUGCUUUUUCCAGAGGGACAUUUGAAUUAAAUUAAAGUUGAUUUUCUUUUUGUUUGGAUAAAUGUUGCAUUAAAGAGUUAUUGAAGAGAAACGUCACAUA